UGUUCUCAUUGUCCAGAGAGACAGAGAGUUAAGAACAAGGCGUGCUCUGCGCUUUUGAGGAAGAGAGAGAAAGAGAGUAUAAUUAAACUCUUUUCACAGAGAAGAGUUUGGUAGGGCUUGUUAAUGGUGAUUUGAUCGAAGGUUUGGCUGCAAUAAAUUUGAGAGUUUGAGGAUAUAUUGCAUUGGGUCUUUCUUUCCUUAUAUAUAUAUAUAUAACUAUAAGCCAAAGAGAAAGAGAGAGAGAGAGAGAGAUAUAUAGCGGUAUUUCUGGGGGAGAAAUUUGCUUUGCUUUGUUCUUGGAAGAAGUGGUGGUUUCAGUCAGAGAAUAUUUGGGUCGUUGUUAUUUAAAGGAGGAACUACACAGAGCGUUUUAGAAAGUGCUUCUUUAAGGCCUUGGUACUUCCAAGCUUUGGUUUUUGCUCUGGUUUUAAGGCCCUUUUUUUUGUGUUUCUCUGGUAAUUUGAAAGACGAGAAUGGUUGAGAUGGACUGGCCCUCUUCUUUGAACGAAUACGAAAAGCUUGUGAUUCGGAUGAACACUCCUAGGGUCGUGAUCGACAAUGCCGUUUGCCCCAAUGCGACUCUUGUCACGGUUGAUAGUGCUAGAAGGCAUGGAAUUUUACUUGAGGCCGUGCAGGUUCUCACGGAUCUGAACCUUUCCAUCAAAAAGGCUUACAUAUCUUCAGAUGUAAGAUGGUUCAUGGAUGUUUUCCAUGUGACUGAUCAAAACGGAAACAAACUUACGGAUGAGAGCGUUAUCAGAUACAUUGAACAGUCUAUGGGCAGCAUUCACUGUGGUCGGACUAACGGCAAUAACGGCCUGACUGCCCUAGAACUAACCGGAACCGACCGUGUUGGUCUACUAUCCGAGGUUUUUGCUGUGCUAGCUGACCUUCAAUGCAAUAUUGUGGAAGCUAAAGUUUGGACUCACAAUGGCCGAAUUGCUUCACUAAUCUAUGUGAAGGACUGUGAUUCCGGUUGCCCAAUUGAGGAUUCCCAGAAAUUAGACCAAAUCGAAGCUCGUUUGAGGAAUGUACUCAAAGGUGACAAUGAUAUUCGCAGUGCUAAGACCUCGGUGUCUAUGGCGGUCACGCACACUGAGAGGAGGCUGCACCAAAUGAUGUUUGCGGAUCGUGAUUAUGAGCGGAAGCCAAUUUUGAAGCCUAGUGAUGACUGUCCCAUUGUCACGGUUCAGAAUUGGAUUGAGAGGGGUUACUCCGUUGUGAAUGUUCAGUGCAAGGACAGGUCGAAGCUUUUAUUUGACAUUGUUUGCACGAUGACAGACAUGGAGUAUGUUGUUUUUCAUGCUACUAUCAAUACAGCUGGAGACAGAGCAUAUUUGGAAUUUUACAUUAGACACGCAGAUGGGACCCCAAUAAGUUCUGAACCAGAGAGGCAACGCGUUAUUCAAUGCCUACAAGCUUCAAUUGAGAGAAGGGCUUAUGAGGGUGUGAGGCUUGAACUAUCCGCGGAAGAUAGGCAGGGGCUUUUGGCCGAUGUGACAAGAACGUUCCGAGAGAAUGGGCUUAAUGUGACGAGAGCCGAUAUAUCAACCCAAAGAGAGAUGGCCGUGAAUGAGUUUUAUGUAACGGAUGCAGUUGGUAACACUGCGGAUCCAAAACUCAUUGAAGCUGUUAGACAAAAAAUAGGGUUGAGUAAUUUGAAAGUGAAGGAAUUGCCAAUGAUUUGUCAUAAGAAUGUUGAAAGUGAAGAGCAGCCAGUUGGGGUCGGUGGGGCAGUGUUAUUAUCACUUGGGAGCUUAGUGAGGAGGAAUCUGUACAACUUGGGAUGGAUCAGGUCUUAUUCUUAAAGAUGCUUGUAUUUCUUCUUUGAAAUGAGAAGGGAAUUUGGGAUUGUAGAGCUUAAAAUAUUCUUUGCUUCAGGUUUGGACAUUUGUGUACAUAAAAAGAGGAAGGUGGUGGAAUUUGGUGAUAGUAGUUAUAGUUGGUUGGGUUUGGUUGGUUGAAUAGAUGAUAGAUACUUUGAGAGAGAGAGAGAGGGGGGGCCUCUCCACCGUAUUAAAAAUGUGUCGCUUUAUUUGAAGAGGGGUUUGAAUUAGUAGAAGGGGAAACAGGUGGAAGAAGUAAAAGGUUGUGUUGUUGGUUGGGGAGUUUGUGGGAUAUAGAGGUUAUUGCUGGCAAGCACAGAGGAAAGUAGUAGGUAGAUGAAUAGGGAAUUUGUUUCAUACAGAACGAAUGUGUACAUAUUAAUGACUUUGUUUAUCUCAAGUAUUUUAGUUUUUAAUGGU